AUGGCACCAAGCUUCCUCAAGAAGCUCAAGACCGUGGUCAGCGACCUGAUCACCAAGAUGAAGAGCGCCCUGAAGGGCAGCAGCGACGACAGCAGUAGGCGGUCAUCAACGGCCUCGCCAGCCACUCAACUCAAGCAGGAUGAAAAAGAGCGCGCCAGGCUCCCUUCCACCGCUCCUGCAAAGGUGCGCAUGGCCCUUGACGAUUGA